GUGGGGCUUGGACUUGUUGGAUUCUAAUUCUAAUGGCUUUGCUGAGAGCCUGCUUUACAGAGUGAGGCAGGCAUCUGACUUCCUAAAUCAAGGGGCUUUGUUUACGUAACAAGUGAAUGUUCCUUUUUUUUUUCUUAAACUUCUGAAAGAGGAAAUUGGAGGGUUGCUGCCAAGAAGCUUGUGUCACUUACCUCCUCUGUACAGGGAGUGCGGGUAUCAUAGGGACAGCCGAUCACUGCGGAAACCCCUCCAGCCAUAGGACCUUCCAAGUCCAUGAGGACAGUCAAAAUCACCUGGAAGAGGGCUGACCCGCCGGGAGAUGUGCGGUUGCUCGGCCAGGACCACAGCCCAGGCGGGGGGCUGGCGGGACGCAGCCCGGGGUGUGAGUGAUGGGCGGCCGCACAGGAUGCUUUUCUGCACAAGGACUCAGAAGCAUGCCAGAGUCGGCAGGAGCCCUGAUGCCCCGGAACUCAGCAACAGUUGGUCAUGUUCAGAGCUGGACCUGAACGAGAUUCGCCUGAUCGUUUACCAGGACUGUGAAAGGAGGGGCAGACAAGUCUUGUUUGAUUCUAAGGCUGUUCACAAGAUGCAGGAGGUGGCGGCUCAGAGAACGGAGGACCUCCCUGCAAGAGUGCCGGCCAAAAGCUGCUCAGGAGGCGGCCCCGCUGCUCACGGCCCUUCAGGGGGAUCUUUACCACAUGCCAAGGAGCAGCUUCCCAAGUACCAGUACACACGGCCCGCCUCUGACGUCAGCAUGCUCGGGGAGAUGAUGUUCGGCUCGGUGGCCAUGAGCUACCAAGGCUCCACCCUGAAGAUUCACUACAUACGUUCUCCUCCGCAGCUGAUGGUUAGUAAAGUCUUCUCCGCCAGGAUGGGCAGUUUCUGUGGGAGUACAAACAACUUGCAAGACAGCUUCGAAUACAUCAACCAAGAUCCUAACCUGGGGAAACUGAACACAAAUCAGAAUAACCUGGGUCCGUGUCGGACCGGAAGUAACCUAGGUGCGCUGCAGGGAUGCGGCGGCAAGCUGCCCCCAGGGGCGGCCGAGGGAGGACCUCUCCGGCUCAGCCGCAGCGCCUCUUUCUUUGCAGCACACAGCACCCCGGUUGACAUGCCAAGCAGAGGACAGAACGAAGACAGGGACAGCGGCAUUGCCCGGUCAGCCUCCCUGAGCAGCCUUCUGAUCACACCGUUCCCAUCUCCAAGCUCCUCCACCUCCUCGUCCAGCAGCUACCAGCGCCGCUGGCUUCGGAGCCAGACCACAAGCUUGGAAAACGGCAUCAUCCCCAGGAGGUCAAUGGAUGAGACGUUCAGCCUGGCCGAAGAAACCUGCAGUUCCAACCCAGCCAUAGUCCGGAGGAAGAAGAUUGCCAUAAGCAUCAUCUUUUCACUGUGCGAGAAGGAAGAGGCACAGAGGAAUUUCCAGGACUUCUUUUUUUCUCAUUUCCCCCUGUUUGAAUCUCACAUGAACAGGCUGAAGAGUGCCAUUGAAAAGGCCAUGAUUUCCUGCAGGAAGAUAGCAGAGUCGAGUCUCCGUGUCCAGUUCUAUGUCAGCCGUCUGAUGGAAGCUCUGGGGGAGUUCAGAGGGACGAUCUGGAGCCUGUACUCCGUGCCCAGGAUCGCCGAGCCCGUAUGGCUGGCCAUGAUGUCCAGCACUUUGGAGAGGACCCAGCUGUGCCAGCGCUUCCUCAAGGAGUUUACACUCCUGAUAGAGCAGAUCAACAAGAACCAGUUUUUUGCUGCCCUGCUGACUGCAGUCCUAACCUACCACCUAGCCUGGGUACCCACCGUCAUGCCCGUUGACCACCCGCCCAUCAAAGCCUUUUCUGAGAAACGCACCUCUCAGCUGGUCAACAUGCUCGCCAAGACACACCCGUACAAUCCUCUCUGGGCGCAGCUGGGCGACCUUUACGGAGCUAUCGGCUCUCCAGUGCGGCUGACGCGCACAGUGGUGCUGGGGAAGCAGAAGGAUUUGGUGCAGCGGAUACUGUACGUGCUGACCUACUUCGUGCGGUGCUCAGAGUUGCAGGAGAACCAGCUGAUGUGGAGUGGGGGCCCCGCACAAGGCGAGCAGAUGCUGCACGGGAGCAGCAUCACCACCGCCCUGGAGAGGGGCGAGGUGGAGGAGUCUGAGUACGUGGUGGUCACGGUGAGGAGUGAGCCUGCCCUCCUUCCACCCACCCUGCCUGUGACCACAGCCGAGGGGUUGGCUGGGGUCCCAGUGGACGCUGACCCCAGAGACCUGUGUCCCCAACUUGAUGGAGAAGGAGGCGGGGCCCUGGAGAAGAGCCUAACAGCCCACAGCGCGUGGAGACCUCAGGGCGCAUCAUGCGGGGACGAGGAGAGUAAGGAGCCCCCUCGAGGUGGCUCUGCGAGGCUCCCCAGUGGUGGAGGUGUGGGUGUGGGGCUGAAGAUAAGCCCUCCAGCCAUCGGGGCGGAGCCAGGAGGGGAGAUGCCCAAGAAGCUGCCAGACCGGUCGGCGGCCAGGCCAUGCCCUGAUGGACGUCUCCGGGACAGGCCACCCUGGGAAAAGGUCACCUUCCACAUCGGGAGCUCUGUGUCUCCGGAGUCGGACUUUGAAAGUCGCACCAAAGCAAUGGAGGAGCGGCUACAGGCUUGCAGGUGUGCGGAGCCAGAGCCAGCACAGGGACCCCUGGCCGGGCCUGGGGUGGCUGCCGACCCAGCCCAGGAGGGCCAGGACCAGUGCGCUCCGACGUGUUCCCGGUCCCCUGGGGCGUCGCGGGGGGACAGAGAUGUCAGGACCGAGGCUGCUGCGGAGGUUGCUGGGGCGCCGGGUGCACCUGCCAGCCCUACAGGCGCACUGGCACGGCCAGAGGGUUGGAGGGGCAAGGACGCAGACGUGCCUGCAAUAAGCGGGUGCACCGCUCCUGUGCCCAGUGGCGAUGCCGGCUUCAGGGUGGAAGGUGGCCUCCCCCGGAACGAGAGCUCCGACAGCGCCCUCGGAGACAGUGAUGACGACACAUGUGCAGCGGCCUCGCCGGACCUGGGUCCUGGAAGUGAUCCUGAUGCGGACCAUGACCAGAGCGAAGGGUCACUGGAGGUGGAGCUGCCGCUCCCCAGGUCUCAGAGCAUCAGCAACCCCAAUGUGAGAAACUUCGGCCGCUCCCUCCUGGCGGGGUACUGCCCCACGUACAUGCCAGACUUGGUGCUUCACGGGACCAGCAGCGACGAGAAGCUGAAGCAGUGCCUAGCAGCCGACCUGGUCCACACGGUCCAGGUCUGCAGCCUCCCGGGGUCACAGGCACCCAGAGAGCCUUCUGUCCAUCACGUCCCCGCAUCCCGUGCUGGACGAGCCCAUCGCCGAGGCUGUGUGCAUCAUUGCAGACACAGACAAGUGGAGCGUCCAGGUGGCCACGAGUCAGAGGAAGGCGGUGGACAGCACGAAGCUCGGCCAGGACGUCCUGGUGUCAAGUCAGGUGUCCAGCUUACUGCAGUCCAUCCUGCAGCUCUACAGGCUUCACCUCCCCGCCGACUUUUGCGUCAUGCACCUGGAGGACAGACUGCAGGAGAUGUACUUGAAGAGCAAGAUGCUGUCCGAGUAUCUUCGUGGACACACGCGUGUGCACGUGAAAGAACUAAGCGUCGUGCUGGGGAUAGAGUCCAACGACCUGCCUCUGCUGACGGCCAUUGCGAGCACUCACUCUCCUUACGUCGCCCAGAUACUCUUGUAAGCUAAUUCUCAGGACAGCUCCUCCUUGAAGAAAAUCGGAUUCUCAGCCCGAGGAGGAAGGAAGGCAGCUCCCUGUGACCGCGAGGUGCCAGCAGGGUGGACAGCCGCGGUCCUGCCUGUGCUGUGCUGUGUCGGGGGCAUCACUUCCCGGGGUGCUGGCUGGGAGUCGUAGGUUCACUGACACCAGGCGUCUGUGUUGUCGUGAGCAGGCAGGCUUCCAUCACCCUCGGGUCAGCGUGGGCGCUGGGGGCACAGCAGUGACCAGGGGCCUGAGAGCGGCCCUGAGUGACACAGGCAUCAUCGCUGCUAGAAACAUCUCAGAGUGCAAGCGUGCGCUCCCCAAGCUGGAGGAGGCGAUCCUGCUGUCCUGAGAAGGCGGUCAGCACGGGGACCCUGGACACCAGGGACUGUGGUACAGUGGAGCCUGCGUGUACCGCCUUCGCGCCAGUGGCCUUGAUGUCAUCCUCUGGCAGAGCGCAUGAGGGGACUGGCUGUGGGGAGCAGAGCUCCAGGGACCCGCUGCUUCCAGCCUUCCCCGUUUCCUUUGUUUGAGAUGCAGCCACGGGUAGGUUAGGGAUGGACUGUUGGUGCAAUAAACCCGAGAAUCAAUGUAGCAUCCUCGUCCCAUCCACAUACAGUGCACAGCAGCGGAGGGCACAGUCCGACCCCACUCACUCCAUCCUGAGGCUUCAGAGCUCUCAGCAGCCUUGUCAAAGGGGCCGUUUACCAAAGUUAUUUCUAUAAGCUCGAGAGCAUUUCUGUGGCUAAAUCCCUCCAGCUGAAGCCACCUUCUUCCUCUAAUAGUUAAUACAGAUGACUAUUUAUACUUUAAAAGGCACAGCUGUCCAGGUGGGAAGUGAAAUUUGCAACAGUUCAGGAUGACUUAUGAAUCAGACCACUUCUAAACAGUCCAUCUAUGAGCUCAACUUUCACUCUAUCAUCUCUGUGCCUUCCAAACCCUACAUCCUUUUCAAAACACCUUCCCAGAAAUUGACUGCCCUGUAGUAUAAAACCUGCCGCAAGGCAGCAUUGCAUAUGUAUGAGCGUAGUUUGCUUUUUAAAAACGCUGAGUUUUCUGUUAAUACGAACUUCAGUUUACUGAUUGUGAAGCAGGUGAUGUCCUGACAUGCAGGGUAAAGGAAAAGACUAGUAAAUUGGUGGUGUAAAAGGCAGGGUGAACCCUGUUAACAGCACACCUGUUAACACUGGCAGACCUUGAGGACUUUAAUUAUAACCAGGCUCUGAUCUUCUCCUUUAAAAAUUAAUCCCAAUCCUUUCCGUGUAGCUUUUGCACCUAAGAAUAUGAAGCGACUUCCCUUUCAGGAGUUAGAAUACUCUGUCUUCAGAUUUGCUAUGUGAUAAAAUCCCCAAACCCCAAGUUA